UUUAAGAUACAAUAAUUGCAUUUAAAGAUAUCUUAAAAUGAGUACUUAAGAUAUUUUUAAAGGUUAAACGGGCUUUCUUUCUACAGUCCACUCUUUAUUCGGCGCUUCCCCAAGCUGUCUUUCAUUUCGACUGAAGUUGCUGUCCGUGGUGCUGAUUGGAGGAUUUAACUCCAGAUAUGGAGUGGACCUACUAAAAAAAAUUAUGAUGGCGUCUAAAUCUGUCGGUUCAGGUACAAGAUAACUGCGUCUUUUGAACAUUAUGAUUAAUUCAAGAAUACGCAAAUGCGCGCAUUAUUUAGGGGACUUGGUCCAAGUUUUCUUUCUCGUAAUGGUGAUUUGCACGUAUAAAUUCAUUUAAGGACGCUAAAGGUGUCUCGAUUGGCAUUUCUAGUCAGAAAAGAAACGCUGAUUAAGAGACACAAAAAAGCCAAGGUCACUGCCUAGACACCCUCUUUAGUAAGAUCCCUUCAGAGUAACAAGGGGCAAGGCAAAGGCCGCUGGAGAAAUACUGUUGAAUCCCUCCGAGAAGAACGUUAAAUAAAUAAUUCAUCUGCCAAAAGGGCUGCAGUUAAAAUGCUGAUGUCAGGAGUUCAGUGCAGCAUUUCAUGGUGCAGCGAGUAAAGGAUUGUUUUGCGCCAGGCGGUUUCGUUUGCACAGACGUGGACGCGCUGCCAAGCACAAUGCUGCCGGCUGCCAGGCUGCUUCUAUUCCUUUUUUUGCUCUACGUUGAUCAUCUGCCUGGAGUUUACCUGAAGAAAAAUUUCCGAUGUCCUUUCUCGUGCUCCUGCUCCAAAGAGUCUAUCAUUUGUGUCGGAUCUUCCAGCGUCCCGCGGAUCGUCCCAAAUGACAUCAAUUCUCUGAGUAUUGUGAACGGGACCUUUUCGGAAAUCAAAGAGGGCAUGUUUUCUCACAUGCCAUCUCUCCAGCUGCUACUUCUGAAUUCCAAUUCAUUUACUGCUAUAAAGGAUGAUGCAUUUUCUGGUCUUCCACAUCUUGAAUAUCUCUUUAUAGAAAGCAAUAAAAUCGAGACAACAGGAAAAUAUGCCUUCCGAGGUCUCCGUGAUCUGACACAUCUGUCACUGGCUAACAAUCAUAUCCAAAAUUUACCCAGAGAGAUUUUCAACGAUUUGGAUUCCUUAAUAGAACUAGAUUUACGUGGCAACACAUUUGAAUGUGACUGCAAAGCCAAGUGGCUUUUAUCCUGGCUAAAGACCACUAAUGCGACUGUAUCUGACAUUUACUGCUCUGGGCCAGAGGACAUGAAAGGAAAGAAGCUUAAUGAUCUACCAUCUUUGAAUCACGAAUGUACAUCUACAGACUUUGUCCUUCAUCAGACUCUGCUAUCGCAGUCAUUAUCUGUUGACACCUUUAACUACAAAAACGAUGUCUACGUAGCUAUUGCCCAGCCCAACACAGAAAAUUGCAUGGUGCUUGAAUGGGAUCAUAUUGAAAUGAAUUUUAGGAGCUAUGACAAUAUUACAGGCCAGUCAAUCGUUGGAUGUAAAGCUAUAUUAAUUGAAGAUCAGAUCUUCAUUGUAGUGGCUCAGUUAUUUGGGGGCUCUCACAUCUACAAAUAUGAUGAAAGCCACACCAAGUUUGCAAAGUUUCAAGAUAUUGAAGUUACCAAAAUUUCCAAACCGAAUGAUAUUGAGGCAUUCUUGAUUGACAAAGAAUGGUUCUUUGUAAUAGCAGACAGUUCAAAAGCUGGUUUGACAACCCUUUAUAAAUGGAAUAGCAAAGGAUUUUAUUCAUAUCAGCCAUUGCAUGAGUGGUUCAGGGACACAGAUGCUGAAUUUGUGGAUCUUGAUGGAAAACCUCAUCUUAUCCUGGCAAGUCGUUCCCAAGUGCCAGUUAUCUUUCAGUGGAACAGGGGCUCGAAGAAGUUUAUUCAGCAGAGUGAAAUCCAAAAUAUGGAGGAUGUUGUGGCUGUGAAGAGCUACCGGAUCAAAAAUGACCUUUACCUCUCCCUAACCAGGUUUAUUGGUGAUUCCAAAAUACUGAAAUGGAGCAACAAACAGUUUUCAGAAAUUCAAGCUCUACCUUCUCGUGGAUCAAUGAUCAUGCAACCAUUUUCUUUCAAAGAUCGUUGCUACCUUGCCCUGGGAAGUGAUUAUACCUUUUCACAGAUUUACAUUUGGGAGGAGGAGAAAAAAAAUUUUGUUAAAUUUAAAGAAAUUUAUAUCCAAGCUCCUCGUUCUUUUACAGCUGUGUCUACCGACAGAAGGGACUUUAUAUUUAUCUCAAGUUUUAAGGGAAACACUCAGAUAUUUGAACAUACUCUUGUUGAUUUAAGCUUGUGAAUUAGAGACUUGAGCUACUAUAGGUAAUAGGUAGGUAAGCAAGUAAGUCUUCCAUGGCUCAAUUUAAAUAAUGCUUGCGACAAUUAACAACUUAAAAGAGUGUAGGUAACUUUCUUCAGCUUGUGCCUGUUCUUGUGUAGUUUUUUUAAGAGAUCUUGCACUUGCCUGGACAAGGAAAUGGUAAAAGAUUUCAUAUGACAUUAUCAGGUAUAUUGCAUUGAAUAUCUGAAGCUAUUUUAAAAUGUGAGACCUUGCCUCUGAUAAAUUUACUGUAGUACAGUACUAUAUAUUGCUGCACAAGGUGUACUGGUAGCAAACAAAGUUUUUGUAGAUGAAUACAUACAAUAUGCAUUUUUAUUACUAUGGAAAUUAUAUGAUUAUAUAAUAUGAAAAAUGAGUGAGUGAUUAACAGAGGCACGUUACAGAACAAUGCAGCAGUUUAUAUUAACUUUUAGUUGUUGCAUUAUGAAUGGUGUGUUGAAUAAAGGUAUGCUUUUUGCCAUCCAUCAAUUUUCUGAACAUAUUGAUACAGUACAAUGUAAAGGGAAACCAAAACCUGUCAUGGCAACAUUGGGCGUAAGGCAAAAAGAACAAAAUCAUAGCCAGUUCACACUCACCUUAAUUAGGCCAGUCCAGAGCCAUCAGUUAGCCUAGAAAGCCCAUCUUUGAGUUACAAUAAGAAACUGGAGCCACCUGGACAAAAACACACACAGAUAAAGCAAAAUGUACUCAUUUCACAGAAAUAGCAUCUGAAACAAUAAGGCAGCAACAGUAACUAUGGUAGAGAUGUCUGUUUUUUAUUUAUUUUAAAAAAUACUAUUUUAGUGCAUGGCACGGUGGUGCACAGUGGUGCAGGGGUAGCACUACUGUCUCUUGCAGUAAAGGAGGCCAGGGUUUGCAUCCCAGGUCCCACCAGCAUGAAGUUUACAUAUCGUCCCCAUGUCUGCAUGGGUUUUCUCCCACUCUCCGAAGACAUGCAGGUGAAGCAGACUUGCGACACUAAAUCAGCCCUAGUGUGUGUUGGUGUAUGGGUGUGCUCGCCUUGCGAUAGAUUGGCAUACCGUCCAGGGUUUGUUCCUGUCUUGUGCUCUGUGUUAGCUGGGGUAGG